GAGCUCCCGAGCACCCGUAGGUCGGAUUCCGUGGAUAAGGCACCGGAAGUGACCGCUUCUUGGCUGCUUCCUCUCCUGGAGUCCAAAGUCCAGCUGCUCCGCCGCGAUAUUCAGUAAACCACUGGGAGUCCGGCAGCAUGGAGGCAGCGCGCCCUCCCGCGACUGCAGGGAAAUUCGUGGUGGUCGGCGGCGGCAUCGCGGGCGUCACUUGUGCGGAGCAGUUGGCUACUCAGUUUCCAUCAGAAGAUAUUCUCUUGAUAACAGCUUCUCCCGUUAUUAAAGCAGUUACGAAUUUCAAGCAGAUUUCUAAAAUAUUGGAAGAAUUUGAUGUUGAAGAACAAUCAAGUACCAUGUUAGAAAAACGCUUUCCCAACAUUAAGGUUAUAGAAUCUGGCGUAAAGCAACUGAAGAGUGAAGAACACGCAACAUGGGAUUCCCUGAAGUUUAAUGUAAAACUUGCGGGUGAAGUGGUACCUGUUUUUAUUCCGAAGGGUGGAGAAAGGCUGGUGUUCACAGAAGGAUGCUCAGAACAAUGUUCAUGGCUUGUACUUAAGAGAUGGAGAAAUGCCUUAUGGUAUUUAGAAUCCGUGAUACAGGACAGUGCUCAGGAAUUUCAGAAACAGCUUACUAAAGCUAAAAGAAUAAUGAUCAUAGGGAACGGUGGUAUUGCACUUGAGUUAGUGUAUGAAAUUGAAGGCUGUGAAGUGAUUUGGGCCAUUAAAGAUAAAGCUAUAGGGAAUACUUUCUUCGAUGCAGGAGCAGCUGAAUUCUUGACUUCAAAGCUCAUUGCUGAAAAACCAGAGGCUAAAAUUGCACAGAAAAGAACCAGAUAUACAACUGAAGGAAGGAAAAAGGAAGCUAGAAGCAAAUCUAAAGCAGAUAAUGUAGGCAGUGCGUUGGGACCAGAUUGGCAUGAAGGCUUGAAUCUUAAAGGAACAAAAGAGUUUUCUCAUAAGAUUCACCUUGAAACUAUGUGUGAAGUAAAGAAAAUCUACCUUCAGGAUGAGUUUAGAAUUUUGAAGAAAAAGUCCUUCACUUUUCCGAGAGACCCUAAGUCAGUUACAACUGAUACAGAGAUGUGGCCUGUCUAUGUGGAAUUGACCAAUGAAAAGAUAUAUGGCUGUGAUUUCAUUGUCAGUGCUACAGGAGUUACACCAAAUGUAGAACCUUUUCUCCAUGGUAACAGUUUUAAUCUAGGAGAAGAUGGUGGCCUGAAAGUGGAUGAUCAUAUGCACACAUCCCUUCCUGAUGUCUAUGCUGCCGGUGACAUCUGUACUGCAUCCUGGCAGCUGAGCCCAGUCUGGCAGCAGAUGAGGCUGUGGACCCAGGCUAGACAGAUGGGAUGGUAUGCAGCAAAGUGCAUGGCUGCAGCGAGUUUAGGAGACUCCAUUGACAUGGAUUUCAGCUUUGAACUGUUUGCUCAUGUGACAAAAUUUUUUAACUAUAAGGUUGUACUGCUGGGAAAAUACAAUGCACAGGGCUUAGGUUCAGAUCAUGAAUUAAUGCUGAGAUGUACCAAAGGACAAGAAUACAUCAAAGUCGUCAUGCAAAAUGGACGAAUGAUGGGAGCUGUCUUAAUUGGUGAAACUGAUUUAGAAGAAACAUUUGAAAACCUAAUUUUAAACCAAAUGAAUCUUUCAUCAUAUGGAGAAGAUCUGCUAGAUCCAAAUAUUGAUAUAGAAGAUUAUUUUGACUGAAAAUGGAAUUUCUUCAAGAAUCAUAUAAAGUUCCAGAUGACACCAGAAGAAUCACAAGUCAAUAAAAUCAGUGACUGCAUUGAGUUAAUGAUGACCACACUGAAAAUUACUGAAGUGAUAAUGGUAUUAGUGGAAAAGUAUAAAAACAUAAAUUCCAAGUUUGAAAUCAGUUCAAAUAGUUUAUUUAUAAUCUUUCCAAUACAGCACUGACCACUUAGAUAAAAAUCUUAUUUAUUUCUAUGUUUUAAACAUAAAUAUGUUUACUUGUGAUUUAGCUUUGAAGCAAAUUUAGCUAAGUUACCUACUUAGCCAAAUGUACUCUAGUAGACUAGAACCAUUACUUGUGAAAUGUCAAAAUAUGACUGUGGUUUCAGGAACUUUAAAAUCGGUUUUAUUUUACUUUAAAUAGAGAUGUAGCAGUAUCUCGUCUGCUAAUAUUUAUAUUGAUGACUUACUCCUUUUUUGUUUGAAUUGUGCUUCUGGUUUUAUAACCUGAAAUCAUCUUGUCCAACUCUAGCCCAUGGGCCUAAUGCAGCCCAGGACAGCUUUGAAUGCAGCCCAACACAAAUUUGUAAACUUUCUUAAAACAUGAGAUUUU